AUGAGACGAACGACCCGCAAAGCCCUCGUGCAUCUCACGCUUUUCAGCAGCGCCCUCUUCCUCAUCAUCUACCUCAAUCGCUCAUCGAGCAACACCUCUUUUCCCUGGACCCGCAUCCGGUACACGCACGAUGCGGCGACCCGAAAAAUCCCCAUCCCGUCUCCCCACGGUAUUUGUCCGGGGCUCUCCAGCACCCGCAAACCCGCCCUCAUCGUGUCCCACGUGGCCGCUGACGGCGACCCCAGCUGGCUGGAUACGCUCAGCCACAAAUAUCACAUCUGCAUCUACAAUGUGGAUUCCUCAGCGCUCCUGAAAACUUCUCAGAAAGUGCUGCAGGUGCCCGCGAAUCGCGCGCACGAAGCUAUGCCCUAUCUCACCUUCCUCAUCGACAAUUACGAAAACAUUCCUGCGGCGGGCGCCGUCUUCGUCCAUGGAAAUCGCUUCCAGUGGCAUAAUGAUCACCCCACGUAUGAUAAUCUGGAUCUACUAUCUGCACUUGAUCUUGAGAGUGCGUUGGCGGAAAACGGAUAUCAUAAUCUCAAGUGUGAUUGGAGUCUCAGCACGUGUGGAGAUAAAGCGGUAGCCCAAGGAAGCUUGGAGACGAGUAUGCAAGCGUCGCUGCAGCCGUGGGAUAAGAGAGCGGUUUCUGAUGCGGCGAUGCCGAAGGCGUUGAGAGUGUUGUUUGGAGAGGGGAAACAGUUGAGUAGAACGGAUAUUGUGAGGAGUCAAUGUUGUGCACAGUUUGUCGUUUCGAGGAAAAGUAUUUGGAAACAUGAGAGAGAGGAAUAUGUAGCACUGAGACAGUGGUUGUUGAAUCCUAAUGGUGCACCUAAAGAUGACAAGGUGGCGGGCAGGAUAUUGAGUUAUUUAUGGCACGUGUUGUUUUUGGAACAGGAAAAUAGUGAGGAGGGAAUGGUGGAUUUGGAAAGACUCAAUAGACAAGCAUGUCCAAGUGCACGAAAGUGUUAUUGUCGACUCUACGGGAAGUGCGAUUUAGAUUGUAGGACAAUGGGGACUUGUCGAGGACAGUAUAUAUUGCCGAAAAAUCUCAGGCUUCCGGAGGAUUAUGGAAGACAGUUUGAGCAUUUGGAUGACCACUCGGAUAGUCUUUGA